CUGUGGCUCACAGGCUCUGCCCCCUAGGAGCAGAGGGGGUGGUGAAAGUAUAAAACCUCUUGGGCUCCCUCCAGCCAGACUGUAGACCUACUAGAAACUAUAAAGACACCUGAGUGUCGCCCCACUGGCUAAACUCUCCCGUCACAAUGCUGUCACGAAAGUGGACUGUUCAUUUGAUCUUUGCUUUGGCUGGUCUUGCUCUCUCAGACCACGUUACUGAUGGAGAUACCAGCGUGGAAACCACAGGCACUCCUGAUGCCCCUGACGCCCCAGGCAAGUUCUGCAUGCUGUGCUGUACUGAAGACUGUAUCGAGGAAAGCAGCCAUGUAGGGAGCCAAGGUUGUUGGAUGCCCUGUAUGGAGGCAUGUUGGAAGGAAUGUAUGGAGCCCUAUAUGGAUCUCUGUAUGGAGCCCUGUACACAGGAUUCGUCGAAGGUGUGCAACAGUAAGGGGGACAUUAAUGAGGACAGUAAGGGGGAUGGUAAGGGGGACGGUAAGGGGGACGGUAAGGGAGACGGUAAGGGAGGCAGUAAGGGAGACGGUAAGAAGGACAGUAACGAGGACACUAAGAGGGACGGUAAGGGGGACGGUAAGGGAGGCGGUAAGGGGGACGGUAAGGGGGACGGUAAGGGAGGCAGUAAGGAGGACAGUAAGGGAGACGGUAAGAAGGACAGUAAGGGGGACGGUAAGGGAGGCGGUAAGGAAGGCAGUAAGGAGGACGGUAAGGGAGGCAGUAAGGAGGACAGUAAGGGAGGCGGUAAGGAAGGCAGUAAGGAGGACGGUAAGGGAGGCAGUAAGGAGGACAUUAAUGAGGACAGUAAGGGAGACGGUAAGAAGGACAGUAAGGAGGACGGUAAGGGAGGCGGUAAGGAAGGCAGUAAGGAGGACGGUAAGGGAGGCAGUAAGGAGGACAGUAAGGGAGGCGGUAAGGAAGGCAGUAAGGAGGACGGUAAGGGAGGCAGUAAGGAGGACAUUAAUGAGGACAGUAAGGGGGACGGUAAGGGGGACGGUAAGGGAGACGGUAAGGGAGGCAGUAAGGGAGACGGUAAGAAGGACAGUAACGAGGACGGUAAGAGGGACGGUAAGGGGGACGGUAAGGGAGACGGUAAGGGAGGCGGUAAGGAAGGCAGUAAGGAGGACGGUAAGGGAGGCAGUAAGGAGGACAUUAAUGAGGACAGUAAGGGGGAUGGUAAGGGGGACGGUAAGGGAGGCAGUAAGGAGGACAGUAAGGGAGGCGGUAAGGAAGGCAGUAAGGAGGACGGUAAGGGAGGCAGUAAGGAGGACAUUAAUGAGGACAGUAAGGGGGAUGGUAAGGAAGUCGAUAAGGGAGACAAUAAGGGGGACAGUAAGGGGGUUAGUAAGGGAGACAGUAAGGGGGACAGUAAUGGGGUUAGUAAGGGAGACAGUAAGGGGGACAGUAAGGGGGUUAGUAAGGGAGACAGUAAGGGGGACAGUAAGGGGGUUAGUAAGGGAGACAGUAAGGGGGACAGUAAGGGGGUUAGUAAGGGAGACAGUAAGGGGGACAGUAAGGGGGUUAGUAAGGGAGACAGUAAGGGGGACAGUAAGGAGGACAGUAAGAGGGACGGUAAGGAAGUCGAUAAGGGAGACAAUAAGGGGGACAGUAAGGGGGUUACUAAGGGAGACAGUAAGGGGGACAGUAAGGGGGUUAGUAAGGGAGACAGUAAGGGGGACAGUAAGGAGGACAGUAAGAGGGACGGUAAGGAAGUCGAUAAGGGAGACAAUAAGGGGGACAGUAAGGGGGUUACUAAGGGAGACAGUAAGGGGGACAGUAAGGGGGUUAGUAAGGGAGACAGUAAGGGGGACAGUAAGGAGGACAGUAAGGGGGGAGACAGUAAGGGGGACAGUAAGGAGGACAGUAAGGGGGUUACUAAGGGAGACAAUAAGGGGGACAGUAAGGGGGUUAGUAAGGGAGACAGUAAGGGGGACAGUAAGGGGGUUAGUAAGGGGGACGGUAAGGGGGACAGUAAGGAGGACAGUAAGAGGGACGGUAAGGAAGUCGAUAAGGGAGACAGUAAGGGGGACAGUAAGGAGGUUAGUAAGGGAGACAGUAAGGGGGACAGUAAGGGGGUUAGUAAGGGAGACAGUAAGGGGGACAGUAAGGAGGACAGUAAGAGGGACGGUAAGGAAGUCGAUAAGGGAGACAAUAAGGGGGACAGUAAGGGGGUUACUAAGGGAGACAGUAAGGGGGAUAGUAAGGGAGCCGGUAAGGAAGUCGAUAAGGGAGACAGUAAGGGGGAAAGAAAAAGACAGUAA